AUGGAAACCCUCCGUACCGCCCCAGACACAUCCUCCUUCGUGCCUCUCGCCGAGCACCAGUCCCGGACGCCGAGCUCCUUCCACUCCGGCCCGCCAGUGCUACACUACCACAGCGAGCGAUGCAAAGUUGUCAUUCUCGAGCGCGACCUCCUUGCUACUCCCGCGCUGAAUGCGCUGCGCGGUGAGAGCGCCGCCGUGUCGGCCAAUGGACAGACGCAGGACGAUCAGGAUGAGGGCGAGGGAAAAGACAUUGCUAUUGAGGGGGUGGAUGCUUGGGUUUCGUCCGAGAAAUUCCUACUCUUCUCACCCUCCGCCUCGACAGGCGUCUCAAUCCCAUAUCCCUCCAUCUCACUACACGCAAUCCAGCGUCUGCGCGUACCUGGCGCAGAAGACACCGAGGUACAGGGGUUAUACAUGCAGAUCGCGACGCCGGACGCUGCGCCCAGCGACGAAGACGAAGAGCAAUGCAUCACGCUGACAAUCGUGCCACCAAGCGAGCCCGGCACCGUGGGUGAGAACACCGCAACAGCGGAACCGACAGUUCUGACACCCUCUGAGGGCGCAACGCCGGACCUCAGCGACGCGCCGACAGAGACACCGACACAGAUGCUGUACGCUGCUGUGUCAGCAUGCUCGAACCUGCAUCCUGACCCCGUGGAGCCCGGCGAUGAAGACGAGGACAAGUAUCUAACCGAAGAAGAGCAUGGGAAUGCGCUGUUUCAGGCUGGGUUGAUGGCUACGCGGACGACGGAUGGUGGACUUCCGCCGCCUGUGGACGGGAGCUCGGGGUGGAUUACGGCGGAGAACAUGCAUGAGUUCUUUGAUGAGGAGGGGAACUGGAUUGCUGGUGGUGAGCCGCCUUCGCUUCCUCUUGGUCCUGGCGCGGGGACUGUCAGGGCUAGAGAGGAGGGCGAUGAGGAUGAGCAGAUGGAGAAUGAUGAUGAGACGAAGUGGCAGAGGACGGAUUAA